UCGUAGGCUCUCUGAUCACAAUAUCUUGGAUAUGAAACAUAGAAAUAGUGAAAUAAAAGAAGAAUUACACUCGAAGUGCGGAUGUCCACGGAAGAAAUGCAAAGGAGAAUGAUAAAGAUAAUAAUGCAUUGCACGGUCAUGCAUAAAUAAUUGUUACAGUGUUUAUAUUACCUUACUGUAGAGAAGUUUGACAUAUUGGAUGAACCAACGUUGUCGGGACAACAUUGUCGUACUGCAUCUUACGUAUUUAUGUACAGCGAUAAAGAUAAUUUUUAAAAGGAUAUAACAUUAUAUAAGAACACAGAAGUAGCUUUUUUAACGAAGAGUAAAUCAUUAUUUUUAAUAAUUAGAUGUAAACAUAUGAGAAUCAAAUUGUAUGUGCCCAAUAAGAAGAAGAUAAGCUAUAUUGCACAAAGAUCGGCUUUCCUAAAUAAUGCUCAAACAGCCGCAAAUAAUUUGGAAUUAAAUAAAAGCCUCUUCUAAUACGAUUCAAGUAAAGCGAUAAAAGAAAUGCUUUGAGUCUCCCUGAGGAGGAUGCGUAAGAAUCGAGAAAGAUUAUGUCCUGUGAUUGUUGUAUUCCACGAGAUUGUUUACAUUUGCUGCAUGCCAUGUGUGACUGACAAACGAGUAAACUCGCGUACUCUUUUCUAUGGAGACGAUGAUCUACUGAUGUGAUCGUUUCCUUUGCGAGUAUCUACUAUCGCGCUACUUCCGAGAAGAUUGAAAAUUGGUGUCGUCUCGUGCGACUCAAGAAAUAAGCAAGCAGACUUUGUGCCUGACGCGGAGGUUACAACCGACGAAGUCCUAAUGCUGAAAGGAAGCCUGUCGCCGUAUCUCGACACUCACAAUGAAGAAGAGUCGUCUUAUGUAACGCUCAGCAAUGGGCCGUAUGCGUAUGUAGCAGAUUCCACGAGCACGGAACACAACUCCUACAAUCACGUCCUCAUAGAUGUAUACUUUGUAACGCCCAUCCUCUGUAAACAUUGUGAAGAUUAUAUCUGGGGCACCGGGAAAGUAGGAGUCAAAUGCAAAGAAGCGAUUCCAUCGACUUCUUGCUCCAGCUCAAUCAGACACGAUCAUCGAGUAGCAAGGAGUUUUUUGGUGCUCCGAGAGACCGCCGCCAUCCCGAAAUCCUUUCGUCACAGGCGAUCGAUGAGGAAUACCUAAUGUCUUGGAAAAACUA